CCCAACACAGGCAGGGUGGGUCAGGAAGGCUUCUGUUUCUGCUCUGCAUCCGCCUCAGGAUAAGCAUAAAGGAGGCUCUCAAGGCCCGGAGGAGGCAAUCUUGGGGACCAUGCAAACCCGGAAGGACAUCCUCUCCCUGCGGUGCUCACUCUCACUGCUGCUGCUCCUGGGCCUGGGGUUGCCUCUAGCCAUCGCCCAGACCCCCAGCUACAAGGAGGCAGUGCUCCGUGCUGUGGAUGGCUUCAACCAGCAGUCCUCGGAUACCAACCUCUACCGCCUCCUGGACCUGCAGUCUCUGCCCACAGAGGAUGAGGACCCAGAUACGCCGAAGUAUGUGAGGUUCCAAGUGAAGGAGACAGAGUGUGACAAGACAUCACAGCAGCUACCUGAGCAAUGUAACUUCAAGGAUCAGGGGCUGGUGAAGCAGUGUACGGGGACAGUCACCCUGGACCAGGCCACAGAUGCUUUUGACAUCAAUUGCAGUGAGAAUGGUGCACAACCCCAGCGGUUCUUCAAGAAAAUUGCCAAGAAAAUAGCCAAGAAAGCUGCCGGGCUGGGUGGACUCCUUCGAAAAGGUGGGCAGAAGAUUGGUGAAAAGAUUAAGAAAAUUGGCCAGAAAAUUAAGGAUUUUUUCCAGAAAGGUGAACCUGAGACAGAGAAUUAGGCCUGCCUUGGCUUGUUUCUAGAUCCCCAAAAUAAUAAACUUGGUGAAGGAAACUUCUCAA